GUGUUACAUGUUUGUUUAUCAUAUUGUGUUGAAAUAUAUUACUCUCUCUCUCUAUAUAUAUGUAUAUAUGAUGGCCUUCGGGAGGAGCUUUCCCUUUGUUGCCCCUUGUCUUGCAAUUUUCCUUUUACUUAUUGUAUCUUCUCUUGCAGAGAAAGCGCAAUACAACUCUUUUGCAAAAGAUGCAACAUCAGCAUCUGCUGUAGCGGGGCACUACGACUACAUAGUCAUCGGAGGCGGAACCGCCGGUUGUUGCUUGGCGGCAACGCUCUCCGCCUCCGCAAAAGUGCUCCUACUAGAGAGGGGCGGCUUGCCGUACCACAACCCAAACAUAAUGCACCAAAGCGGUUUGGUGCCGGUGCUUUUCGACACGUCACAAACUUCAGCCGCACAACACUUCGGGUCAACGGACGGCACGCUGCUGACGCGGGCCCGCAUUCUAGGCGGCGGGUCGGCCAUUAACGCGGGGGUGUACUCGAGAGCAAGCAACGAGGAGGUAGCCGAGGAGGGGUGGGACCCUCACUUGGUGAACCAGUCGUUCUUGUGGGUCAAGAGGAAGUUGACUUCCCGGAUCAAAACAUUGUUGAAGUGGCAGACGGCCGUGAGGGACGGGUUGGUGGAGGCCGGGGUGGAGCCGUACAACGGAGGGACUUACGAGCACUUAGUGGGGACCAAAAUAGGGAAUUCUCUCUUUGAUGAGGACGGAUACAGACAUAGCGCUGCAGAUCUGUUGGAGGGGAAACCCACGGCCAAUGGAGUUCUUUUUAAAGACUCGAAAGGGAAUGAUCACACAGCUUUCUUGAACGGAGGGCCCAAGAAUGAGAUUAUUCUCUCGGCGGGUGCAAUUGGAAGCCCACAACUAUUGAUGCUGAGCGGUAUUGGGCCGUCGGAUCAUCUCAAAGCCCAGGGAAUAGAUGUAGUGCUGGAUCAACCAAUGGUUGGGAAAUUAAUGGGUGACAACCCAGUGAAUGCAAUCCUAAUUCCAUCCAUUAGGCCCAUUGAGGCCUCAAUUUCUGACGUGUUGGGCAUAACCCGUUUGGGAAAUUACAUUGAAACAGUGAGUGGAUUGACUCUAGUCCCCAAAGCCAUAGAAGUCCUCACCCAAGCUGGCGUUGACAUGUCCUUUCCACAUAUGAAGAUGCAAGGUGGGCUUUUAAAUUCAAAGGUGAGUAAAAUUUUCUCCCAAGGGCAUAUGGAAAUCAAGAACAAGGACCCAAAUGACAACCCAACGGUAACCUUUAACUACUUCCAAGACUCGAGGGACCUCCGAACGUGUGUGCGGGGCAUGGAAGUCCUCAAAAAAGUCUUCGAGUCAGAGGCCUUAGCUUCGUUUCGAAAUCCCUCGGCCUCGUUCGAAUCUAUCUUGGACUUGAUGUCGUCCAUUCCCAUCAACCAGAGGCCAAAACAUCGCGUCGAGUCUGCUUCGUUGGAGCAGUUUUGUGUGGACAAUAUGUUUUCCUCAUGGCACUACCACGGCGGGUGCCGAGUGGACAGCGUUGUCGAUCGCGAUUAUAAAGUGAUCGGUGUCGACGCUCUGCGAGUAGUUGAUGCCUCCAUAUUUCCUAGUGCCCUUGGAACUAAUCCUCAAGCAACUACCAUGAUGUUUGGAAGGUACAUGGGGCUCAAAAUUUUGCGGCACCAAUCAACUUCUGAAUGAGCUUAGAAAAAACUAAGUUGAAUUAUAUUUCUUGAAAUGAAACGUACUGUAAUAUAUUUGAAAUGGGUUUGUCUCAAUUAUAAUUAAGAUCAUACACAAAUGAGUGUGUGAAGUUUGUAUGUCUAAAUAAUUUUUAAAUUGAGAUCGAGGAUAUUAUUUCUAAAUAAAUAAUUUGGUCAUGU